AUGUCUGAUUGGUCGGACAUAGAUGAUGAAAACCAAAGAAAAAACACUGAUCUAGAUUUAUUAAAGACAUCAGACAUUGACAUAAUAAAAGUAUUACAGAUUGAUGAUAUAAUGGAAUUGACAGACACUGAAAACGGCCAAAAAAAGAAGCAUUCAACGAGAAAUGAUAGAACACAAAGAAGCAUAAAUAACGAUCUGAAGAUGAAUGAUAAUCCACAAAAAGAAAAAAAAUUAAGUGAUGAGACAAAAUAUACAGAACUUAAUAAUAAUAAAGUCACUGUUCUGUCAUCAGUUCGAUUCACACCUGAAAAUCGACCUUUCAUUGGUUUAAAAACUUGUGCAACCUUAAAACUUGAACCUGUGGAUAAACAGUUUAAUUUAAGUUCGAACCUAAAGCGUAAAGAUUUACAAGGAGAAUCCUUAGAUAAAGAAAACACGCCAGUGAAAAGAUUAAGAACUCCUGCAAUGAAAGUAAAGAGUAAUGAUAAGGAGUUAAUCAAAAUCAAAAAACCACAGAUUAGUGUAAAAUUUGAAUAUUCAAACAAAACAGCAUAUGACAUGAAGAACAAAACCGAAAAACGACAAAAUAAGGUGGGUACAUCACAGACAGACGACUUCGAAAGCAAAGUAAGAGAAUACGAAAGCUUGCUUUGUGAAAAUGGUAAAAAAAGUGAAGAAGAAUGA